AUGGCUUCUGACGCUCCUCGUCAAUACGUGCCCCUGACUUGCCAUGGGCACUCUCGACCCGUGCCGCAUAUGAGCUUCUCGCCUCUGGAAAAGGAGGAGACGUAUUACAUGAUUUCCGCGUGUAAAGAUGGCAAUCCCAUGCUCCGAGACGGUGUCACAGGAGAUUGGAUCGGGACGUUUAUCGGCCACAAAGGUGCAGUCUGGCAAGCCAGGCUGAGUCCUGAUGCCUCAAAUGCCGCCACCGCGUCAGCCGACUUUACGGCCAAGAUUUGGGACACACACACCGGAGAGCUGCUCUACAGUAUUCAGCAUGAUCACAUUGUCCGAGCCGUUGCCUACCCUCCCGACAACUCGGACCUCAUUGCCACGGGCGGCAUGGAGAAGAAGCUGCGCGUUUUCGACCUGGCAGAACUGACCAACGGCAACCCCGGAACACCUGCGACGAUUCCUGCCGCGGCUGGCUUUGAGAUUGGAAAAGGCGUCCACACGAGCUCGAUCAAAUUCAUCUGCUGGACCAGAGACCCCAACAUUAUCGUCACGGCGUCUGACAAGAGCAUUCGUUGGCUGGACUUGCCUAGCAGAGCGUGCAUCAAGCACGAGAUGCUGGACAGGGAGAUCAAGUCGUGCGAAGUCGUUUCCGUGGCACCCGAGUGUGCUUCUCCAACCGACAUUGGCGGCGGCAAGCCGGUACUGGCAGUCUCGGCAGGCAAAACUGUCUACUUUUGGGGAGGCGACCAAGCGAUGGACGAGAUGAAGCGCAUCGUGCUGCCAUACUCGAUUGCGAGCGUCGGGCUGGACGUCAAGGGACGCAAACUCGUGGUUGGAGAGGAGCCAGGAACUUGGGCCAAGGUGAUUCGGUACGACGACGAGGUCGAGCUCGACACGCACAAGGGUCACCACGGCCCUAUUUGGUCCAUUGCGUUUUCCCCCGACGGCAAGCUGUACGCCACGGCGUCGGAGGACGGCACGAUCAAGAUGUGGAAAAACUGCGAGGGGGACUACGGGCUGUGGCGGGGCGGUGCUGAACGGUCUGCGGAGUAG